GGAAAAACAACCCCGCAGUACACGUUAGGGCGCCUCGUAUAAAUAUUCUACCGCAGCGCCUAGUCGAUAUCAGUCAAGUUCCAGCGUUUCAUUUGAACAACAAUCGUUCCACUAAGCUCCAACAUGUUUAAGACUAUUGCUUUGGUUCUAUGCCUUGCCGUCGCCAUCCUGGCCAUCGAGGAUUACUACAGCUACCCCAAGUACAAGUACGAGUAUGGUGUUAAGGAUCUCCACACCCAUGACCACAAGAGUCAGUGGGAACACCGUGAUGGAGACCAUGUUAAGGGACAAUACACGCUUGAUGAGGCCGAUGGCACGCACCGUAUUGUGGAUUACAGCUCCGACCACAAAACCGGAUUCCAGCCACAUGUCCAACGUAAAGGACAUGCUCACCACCCACACGGUGAAAGCUAUGCCAACAUUCAUCAACACUACUGAACCCGUCCCCAAACCAAUGACAUAGACCAAUUUUCAAAAAUAUAGAAUCGAAUUCGGAAAAAAA